GUACAUCGGCUCCACAUACAGCACCGUUUAAAGAAGUGAAAGGAGUUUAUAACGACAGUUAGAACGACAAAUUUGGCAGUAACCGUUCAAGAUUUCAACGUUUAAAGUUUCCCCCACUCAAUUCACUCAGACGGGAUUUCAAAGAAGGGACUUCAGUUUUGUUCGUUAAGAUUCUCCAAGAGCAAGGACGAGGAAGUGUAGGCAGCUGCAGAGAGGGAUCCCAGCGCUUGCCAUCCACAUAACAAGAAAGUUGUCAAGGAGCUUGAGGACGAAUGACGACGGGAUAUGGAUGGCAUCGGGAAGCUGGGGAGUGUGAGAAGGUCAGAGAGACUGCGAAGGAGAGGUCAAGAUACGCUGACGGUGAAGACAAGCAUCUUCAGCGCCGGGAAAGCGAAGCCCGAGGCCACGAGCGAGCAGAAGAAAACGAACAUAAAGGCUACGGAGCUCUAGGUGUAGCUGCGCGUGGGCGCGAUGGAGACCAAAGGAGCGACGUCAACACUAAGAAGAUUUGCCGUUUCACUGGUUGGAACUCUUCUGUUCAAAGUAGCCACAUCGUGACACGAAAUACAUUACUGUACUACUGUACAUGUCCUGUCAGCACGAGAAAGGAUCCCAGACCGAGGUCAUCGAUAUCGAUAUGAAACGAGAAUCGGGCAACCGAUAACCACACGAGGAUUUUUCACAAUUUUACUCAAUUCUUUCGAUGAAAAUCCAGCACAGGCUUUACACGACCAUUUAGUAAAGACGCAGAUGUGAGCGAGUUAUGUCACAAGGAUAACAAGCAAAUUCUUAGGGUUAUUAAAGAAAAGGUUGGUUUAUUGGCAGAUAAAACAUGCAGAAAUGGGAACGCACGAAUCGACCAGACCAGAGUAACAUGCAUAAAACAUGAAGCAUGUUCAGUUGCAAUAAACGUCUUGUGAUAUUAAAUGUUGCUAAUAU